CUGCUACAUAAAGGGAUGCAGCAAAGCAAGAGAACUCAUUCCCCGCUUGCCUCCCGCACCUCCUCCUCCAAACACACUCCCUCCUCUCCCUCUUCUAAGAAGUUACGAUCUGCUGGACAGAUUGCUGGCUACGCUUCCAACCCCUCUUCUUCUAAUACAUCAGUUUCUACAAUAGCCCCCACAACCCAUUCCUCCUCUACGACGACAAUGCUUGGUGAAACCCGCUUCCCCACAACCCGUCCCCAACCAACCCAAACGACCCCUUUCCCCCUUCCCCAUCACCACCAUCCCCACUACGUUAAGACGACAAACAUGGACGACAAUGACCGCUCUAGUGUUAGCGACAACGACUCCCUUCACUCUCCGCCACCAUCACAGCAGCUCGGUGUUGUUCCCGGCGUAGUCCCGGGCUCAGUAACGAGCGGUAUGGAUGGACUCCAUCGCAAAGUGAGUGUAGGAGCCGACGAGAAACCCAAACCUGCUCCAGGGAAAAAGACUCGCGGAAGAGUCAAGAUUGAGAUGCAGUACAUACAGAACAAGCUCCGCCGAUACACCACCUUCUCAAAGAGAAAAUCAGGCAUCAUGAAAAAGGCUUAUGAAUUAAGUACAUUGACAGGAACUCAAGUCAUGCUACUGGUUGCAUCAGAAACUGGCCACGUAUAUACCUUUGCUACACCAAAGCUCCAGCCCAUGAUAACGUCAGAAGCUGGCAAGGCUCUCAUCCAGACCUGUCUUCACACACCAGACCCACCACAGCAACCAAUGGACUACGAGAUAAGGAUGUCAGCCACCGGAUACGAAGAGACAGAACUAGGCUAUGGUCUUAGCGACGAAGAGGCAUUCAAGACUGGUUUAGAAGCUGCUGGACCCCAUCCAGGAGCCCAGGUACUCACCUCAGGAUCAGUGGUUAUCCCACCAUCAAUGAUGCAGAUGCCUUUCGCUCAGAUAGCCCACCCAGAUCACCACCAGUCCAUGAGUACAGUCAUGCCACCAGCUGCCUACCCCAUGGCUGUCUCCACGGGACCACCAACAAUGUCCCCACAUUCUCACUCUCCUCCUCCUAGCUACUCCCCAUCGGCCCACACAGCCUCUCCUAGGAACUACCCUGGUAGUCCAUCGGCCAUAUCGUACUCCCAGUCCUCUCACAUGCCACCGCAACACAUGAUAAUGGAGGACCUUGUCACAGGAGGUAGCCCAAUGAGGAAGAGUCCCGACUCUCACUAUCUCUCCCACCAUCAGUUUGAUCAGAGUCCGACCCAGAGUCCAAUGACCAGCGCCCAGUUCCCCAUGAGAACCCACUCGCCACCUCACCAGAUGUACGGUCACCCUGGCUCUAGUCCACCACAGAUGAACAACCAUUCUCCAAUUAGGCCUAUGUAAAGAGACAAAGACUAUGUGUGUGUGUGUAUGUGUGACUCCUUAAAUCACUAUCUGAACUUUCUGUAAUGUAUUUGUGUUUGUAUAUUCGAGCUGGUCUCAAUCCCUCUCUCUCUCUGUGUUUUCUUUUUCUCUCUCCUUGUGUGUGUGUGUUUCUCCCCGUCAAGUUUUUGUGACGAAGCAGGACUUCAGGUAUUCUCCCUCUCUAUCACACAAUAUCGCUAACGACUUCCAACACUACGAGACUUUAAAACACUUUCCCUUCCUCCUCCUCCUCUCCCUUGCUGACUGGUCAGCAGUUCUCUCUAUCCUUUAGGCAGCUGGUCUGUCGCCUCUUUCCCUCCCUCCCUCCCUCACCCUAUAAUGUAAUCAUUCCCCACCUUUACCCAAUAAAAAAUUGACACAAA